GCGCCGGAAGUUGUCUAUACGUCAUAUUCAUGCGCCGUGCGCGCUCAGCGUUGAGCUCACGCAGGUCCAGGUUGAACGUCUGAACUACAAACAUGGCUCGAAACGCAGAAAAGGCCAUGACGGCCUUGGCCAGGUUUCGUCAAGCCCAGCUUGAAGAGGGAAGGAUUAAAGAAAGAAGACCUUUUCUUGCUUCAGAGUGUAAUGAGUUACCUAAAGCAGAGAAGUGGAGGAGACAGAUUAUCAGUGAGAUUUCAAAGAAAGUCGCCCAGAUUCAAAACGCUGGUUUGGGGGAAUUUAAGAUUCGUGAUUUGAAUGAUGAAAUCAACAAGCUGCUCAGAGAGAAAGGACACUGGGAAGUCCGAAUCAAGGAACUGGGAGGCCCUGACUACAGGAGAGUGGGGCCGAAGAUGUUGGACCAUGAGGGUAAAGAGGUGCCAGGAAACAGAGGAUACAAGUAUUUCGGUGCGGCUAAAGACUUACCAGGAGUCCGAGAGCUGUUCGAAAAAGAGCCUGUAGCACCACCCAGAAAAACACGAGCGGAGCUGAUGAAGGACAUAGAUGCUGACUAUUAUGGUUAUAGGGACGAGGACGACGGCGCUUUAGUACCAUUGGAACAGGAAUAUGAGAAACAAGUCAUAGCAGAGGCUGUUGAGAAAUGGAAAGCAGACAAAGAGGCUCGCUCAGCUGUUGGUGGAGGCGAGAAAGACACGGAAGAGGAGGAGGAAUAUAUUUACGCUGUCAGAGAUGAAGAGUCUGAUGAUGAGAUGGGAGAACAGAUGGAGGGAGAAGAUGGUUCACAGUCGUUCAUCGCUCAUGUUCCUGUUCCCUCUCAGAAGGAGAUUGAGGAAGCCCUGGUGAGACGGAAGAAAAUGGAGCUGCUGCAGAAAUACGCCAGUGAGAGCUUGAUGGCACAGAGUGAAGAGGCCAAAGCAUUACUUGGUUUAUAGUGGGAUCAGUGUGUUGGGUUGGAAUGGGUUCAUAUUCCUUUGUGGCGUGUACAGUCUUACACAGCCAUGACUCUUAAUGUGAACGAACGUUGAGGCCAGAGCGGAGCACAAGAUGUAUAAGAAACAGAAUUGAUGUGGUUGAAGAUGCUUCUGAACAUCAAAGUGUGCAAGCCAG